UGCAGCCGGCUCAGCAGCGAGUCGGUUUACCAAUUUUUCUCUGUGAUAUGUUUUGAAAGACUACUUUAUCACCAUAACUUACAAAAAAUGACAACAAAUACCGGUCAUGGAGCUAUAACGGAACUACUUUUUGUCUUCAAGUCGUCGCACUAGCGGAGUUUUCUGUCGACUAAGCGGAGUAAAAAUCCGUCAAAGACAGUCAAGCUGAGAGUCUGACAGAGAAGACACAACACCUGACAACAUGUCCACCAGUACCAUUAGUCCGCCCUGCAAGCAGGAGAAGAAAGGCAGCUUCUUCAAGCUGAUUGACUCAUUUGCCUGGGAAAUCGGCACACUGAAGAAGGAAAUGGGAAAAAAGACCAAACCUGCAGAAGAAGACAGCAAGACUGAUCCUUUUCUGGGGCUGAGUGAGGAGGUGGGAGGUCUCUUCCUGCCGGCUUCGCCUCGUGCUGGGAUUGGUGCAGGGCAUGCUGGAGCGAGAGACUCGGGCUAUGACUCGCUUCAUCGGCGGCUCAGUGUUCUGGAUAGACUGGUGCAUACACAUGCCGUGUGGCUACAGCUGGGCCUCAGUCACCAGGAUGCCACACGAUUACUGCAGAGCCAGCCCACUGGGACGUUUGUGGUGAGGAAGUCAACCAGCCUGCAGAGGAAAGUAUUAUCUGUACGCAUGGGCCAAGACUCUGAAGUUCCUGUCAAAGACUUCCUUGUCAAGGAGAGUCAGUACACUUUUUCUCUGGAGGGAUCGGGCCUGAGUUUUGCAGACCUUUUCCGCCUGGUUGCUUUUUGCUGCAUCAGCAGGGAUGUGUUGCCUUUCACUCUGAAGCUCCCAGAGGCCAUCGCAUCUGCAAGAACUUCUGCUGAUCUCGAGGAGGUUGCUAAACUUGGAGCAGGUUUCUGGGAUUCUCAGCUGUGCCACAAGAGGAAGGCUUCCGUCUCAUCUGCAGGAUUAGCUGCUCCCAGCAGACCACCUCCUCCUUCCCAUAGGCCAGUCUCCUUAACAACCUCCCUAGAGCACCCUCACAUUAAAACUCGCACUCCAUCUGAGCUUGAGUGUUGUCAGUCUAAUGGAGCACUGUGCUUCAUCAAUCCCCUCUUCAUAAAGGUUCACCAAUCAGAGGGAGACCACAGCACUGCUUUAGAUCCCUCUGGCACAGUAAAGAAAGACCUGACGGAGGAACCUGUUAGCAAAAGCCCAGAAACCAACAACAGUGAAAUCCAGCGCUCUUGUGGAGACUUUCCACAGGACUGUGGCUCAGAGAACAGUGACAGUUUCCAAUCGGGUCCAAGCAACUUGGAACGCCUCAGUAGAGACACUAAGGUCCAGGACGAUACCAGUGACACCAGCAGCAGCAAUCAAAAGCUGACUUCUGCAGACGGAAUUUCACGGUCGCCACCUCCCCGUCCACCUCCUCCUCACUUUGCACAGCGACGGUCAGGCCCCCCUCCCCGUCAGCGCAGCAUGCCAGAGAAGAUCUCCUGGAUCAAAGUCCCAAAGGAGAAGGUGGAGGAGAGGGAGAGGGGCAGCAGCCUUCUCUCUCGCCUGGGCUCCUCUCUAAGCAUCAGCCCCUCAUCCUCCCCACCUAAGAGACUCAGUAUCAGCUCCCCUAUUUCUAUCCCCCGGCCCUCCCUGCCCAUUUCUUUAUCGUCUCUCUCCUCCUCUCCUCGUCGGACCAAAGCCUCACCAUCAUCCAGCCAGGAGGAUGCUCAGUGCCACCUAGCGCUUGAGGAACAAACAAUUGAGAAGGCCCUGUUAAGAGCUAGACUGUCCCAGCAGAAUUCUUCAAAAACCCCCAACCAGGACUCUAGCAGUCCUUCAGACCCUUCCCUGUUGACAACAAGAAAGAGAGCAGAGCAGACAGGAGGAGAGGAAGAGACAGGCGAGGAAUGUAGCGGUGGUGGCCAGCGGUUGAGUGACAUGAGCCUUUCCACAGAUUCCUCAGACUCGCUGGAUUUCUCUCAGUGCUCAGCCUUUUUUCUUCCUCCUCUGCAUGACCCCAGCCCCCCCACCAUAGCUGACUUCAACACCCACCUCCCCCUCUCCAUCCCUCCAUCACACCUAGUACCUUACUGCAGUAUGGAGGAAGAUGAUGACGAUGAAGAUGAUGAUGACGAAGAGGAGCCUGACUAUGGUGUCAGUUUGGAGAGUGAUCAGGACCAAGACCAGGAUCUGACCAUGGUGCCACCUGGCCACCGCACAAAGCGUCGCCCCAGUGCAGGAGCUUUGGUCUUGCAGAAGGCGCUGAAGGGACACCUACGAAAGAUGAGCGGUGUUUUUAACUCACUGCUGACUCCUGAGAAAAGGGCCAUCCGUAAAGUGGUGGAAUUGUCCAGGGAUAGGGGCACGUAUUUUGGCUGCCUUGUGCAGGACUAUCUGAGCUACAUGGGUGAGGCGGCGGGCACCCAGGCCUGGCAGGGCUACGCCUCUGGACUGGAGCUGCUUCAGACUAUCCGCCAGUUUAUUACUCAGAUGAAGAGCUACCUGAGACAGAGCUCUGAGCUAGAUCCACCGAUUGAGAGCCUCAUUCCUGAAGACCAGAUCGACCGAGUCCUGGAGAAGGCCAUGCACAAGUGCGUCCUGAAGCCCCUCAAACCAAUAGUGAGCGUGGCCCUGAAAGAGUUCCAGGUACGCAGCGGGGAGUGGCAGGAGCUGAAGGAGAACCUGUCGUUGGCUAAAGCCAGGCAGCCACAGGAAAUGGGCGUGGCUGACACGCUGCCUCCGGACCCCAUGGCCGUAGAGAAGAUCAAGCACAAAUUCCACACAAUGAGUAAAUUGUACUCUCCUGAGAAGAAGGUCACCAUGCUACUGAGAGUCUGCAAACUCAUCUACACCAUCAUGGAGGACAAUUCAGGUCGUCUGUAUGGUGCUGAUGACUUCCUGCCUAUGCUGACCUACGUGUUGGCCCAGUGUGACAUGCCCCAGCUUGACAAUGAAAUCCUGUACAUGAUGGAGCUGCUGGACCCCUCACUGCUCCAUGGAGAAGGUGGAUACUACCUGACCAGUGCCUAUGGAGCCAUGUCCCUGAUCAAAAACUUCCAGGAAGAGCAGGCAGCCAGAGUGCUGAGCUCUGAAACCAGGGACACGCUCCACCAGUGGCACCGCCGACGAACCAUGCAGCGAUCUGCUCCAUCUAUUGAUGACUUCCAGAACUACCUGAGGGUGGCACUACAGGAGCUGGACAGUGGCUGUACAGCCAAAACCCUCCAGGUCCGGCCGUAUGCAACUGUGGAGGAGGUUUGUCAGCUUUGUGCCCACAAGUUUAAAGUAUCUGACCCUGAGAACUACGGCCUGUUUCUGCUGAUGGAGGGCAGCAGCCAACAGCUGGCUCCAGACACCCACCCUCAGAAGAUCAAGGCUGAGCUCCACAGCCGCUCACAGGCCACUCCCUUCCACUUUGUGUACCGCCGUGUCGCCAGCUGCAACACCUCAUCAUCAGCCCCCUCUGAUACCACAGCCAACCUCAACAACCUCACCGUAAGCUCUGACCACAAGACCAAUUUGAACGACCUGGGCAGGGAGCGGUCAGAGCAAGCUCACAGCCUCGGCCUCAGUCGUCCUCUGAGCCUCAGCCUGCCGCCAAGUCACCUCAAUGGGAACUCCAUAUCAAUAUGACUGAGGGUGUGAAAGGGCUCUUUGUCUCCCAGUUGUGACAGUAUCACCCAUUAUUUCUAACAAAUCUGGUUCUUUCAGACCUAAAAUGCUCGGUGUGUGACAGAGUUCCUCUGGGCUGAGCGCUGUGUCGUGCCAGUCUUUACAAAGCCUGACUUCUCCUUUUGGAUGACACGUCUGUCUCAGUCAACAUCCUCUCGCUGGAAUGUUUUGUCUGACAGAUAUGCGUGAAAGAGGAAAAGAAGAAAGGAGGGAAGGAAGUGAAAAAGAUGGAUUUUUUUUACUUCCUUGGUUUUAGAUUCAGCAGCAGAGCGACACUCUGCUGAACACAACUCUCAAAACUAAACUCAUAGUUCAGAGAGAUGAAGGCCUUCAAGUGUAAACAUGACAUGAACACUAAAACGUGUUGACAGGGCUGCCUUUUACUGGUGUUAAGAUUCAGGUGUAGCAUUAAGGUACAUACAGUAGAGGCUAAUCAGACCAUAGAAGCAUUUUUAGAUGAAUCACUCAUUUAUUUAGGUGAUAGCUGUAUCUAAAACUUAAUUUUUACAGUUGCUGGUAAACUGUAUUUUUAAAUAUUGUGUGUGGUUUGAUACUGUUAAUCCUUUAGAUAUGAUAGUAGAUAUUUUUAAACGCUUAGUGACACCUAGUGGUGGCUGGUGAUAUAGCAGUCUGAUAUUUUCCAUGUUUUGAUUUUUGCAACUUUAUGCAAAAUUUAUUCUUAGAAAAAGAAGAGGAACUCAGCUGUUGGAAAACAAGAGUUUGAUGGGAAAAUGUCUAUAAAGAGCUGUAGCAAAUUAUAAAAAGACUGCUUCUGUAUUUACUAAUAAUAUGACAACUCAUGAGUGCUGUUUUUCUUGAAGUGCCUUUCCAUCUCCACAGUUUUUAAUUUCUGCUUGGUUUAAAUACCAGAAAACACUGUCCAGGAUCAAAUACCCCUCCUUUACAAUCUGGUUGCUUCAAUUACUAAUGAAUUCUGGUGUUUGCAAACAGACAUUAACUGGAUUUUUUUUCAACUAUUUUCUUGUUGUUCUAUUAAAACAUCUAUGCAUUGCCCUUAAGGCCGAAUCAGACUACACAAAUUUGGCCAGAUUUUGGCCCAACUGCAUCAUCAUGCAACAUCGCCAAAUAUGACAGAGGGAACAUUAAACUCUCUUGUAGUGCGACGUAAUUGACAAGGUGUUCAAGGCACCACAUAACACUUCAACAAGCCUGGGAUGUCAGAAUUUUGCAUGCAUCUUCAAUGCAGUUUAGUACCUUUGCCUGAUCUUAAAGAUCCUCAGGUGCAGCAGUAGGAUCGCAUUUACUCCCUGCCUUUAUAAAUCAUGCAUUAUCUACUCCCUAUUCUCUAUAAAGAGAGCUGUCUGUAGUGGACUAUGUAUUGCUCUUAUCUGCACAAUGAAAGAUAUUACCCUACUCAAGCUGCCAACAAUAAUGUCAUUAAUGUGCACAAUUAAAACAUCUAGCAACAACAGAUCGUAGAUAUGAAUGGCAGUAGCUUGGGAUUGAAAUAAUGGUAGGAUUUCAAUGAAAAUUAUCACUAUACUUGACAUAUUUUUGUAGAAAAUUUUAAAUGACGACGUUUUGGGCAUUCUAAAGAAAAUAGUGAUUUAAAUUUUUGUUUCGUGCUGCAUUUAUUUGUGCACAGACGACAGUCUCAUGUCUCACUAUAAAGAAUACAUUUUAUGUUGAAAACUAUUAAACAGAGUAGGUAUAUAUUUGGUUUUAACAAAUGCAAAUGUAGAGCAGAUUAGAUUUUGGUAAAAUAACUCUUCAAACUGAACUUUUCUGUGUUUCCGAGGUUCAAAUAAGAGUAGUCAAACAUCACUAAAUGCUCGAUAAAGCUUUCAACUGUGAUGCAUGGAAGUAAAUAUUGCUGGGAUAUUGCCCAUAAGUUGUUUACUAUUCAUCACAAUGCAUUGUGGGAUAUAAUGAGUGCAUUACAUAGAGUAUAACAGUGCUCACUCAGGAUUCAGACACCACUUAAAAAUGGCAUAAUUACUAUGUAGUCCACUAAUGAGUAAGUAGGGUGUGAUUUCAGACAGCUGCAACCUUUUUCCCAAAAGUGAUCAUAGCUAGCUUGUUGGGCUUAUUUUCAUGAGGUAAUCACGUUCAUACUUUUACGCUGUAAUAGAAGGAUAGUCUAUAUAGUUCUCUACUUCAUACAUAGGGACAAGUCCACCUUUGUCUCUUUGUUGUUUUCUCUUAUCAGAGCACAACACUGAUGCUAGCAUCACACGGAGCACUUUACUGACAAUCGACUCACCUCCCAGAUGACCUCUGAACUCAAGCUCAGUAGUGAGGACAGUCAUGAGCACAGAGUAUGAUUGGUUGAGAUCAUGUUUGUAGUGUGGCCAGUCUGUCAGCCAAGGCAGGACAAGAUCUUAGUUGCACAGUCUCAUAUGGUGCCAUCACAAAAGGGAAAAAAAACAGAAAAGUGUCGUCUGAUUCAGCCAUUAGGAUGAGGCAGUUUACCUUAAAAUGUGGGGGGGAAAUAACAAAGCUGCAUAAUAAUAAUAAUUACCAAAAAAAAAAAAAAACAACUAAAAAAAAAUCUGCAUCUCCCUUUCAGGACUUUGCACAGAAGGAAACUUUUGGCUUAAAAAUAAUAAUUAAAAAGAAAAAACAAAACUGUGGUUUUCUUACCGCUAGCACCAAACUGUGCGACCUCUUCUGUUAUGCCUUUAAACAGGAAGUUGAUCUAAUAGCAUUUUACUUUUCCAUCACAUCCCUACAGCUGUGGCUACAGGCUUAUACAUUCACCAGCCACAGCCACCGGCUUUCUUCUCUUCUUCCAACAUGCUGAAUUUCCUGUGCACUAAACUGCAUCUUUGCAGGUAGAUCCCAACAUUAUCAAUGACAGAUAUAAUAUAUGACACUGCCUUUUUAAUCUUAAGGAUUAACUUUGCUAAAUAUGUAAAAAGAAAUAGUUCUUGCAUGUUGUUUUGUCCUUAUGUGUUAUUUUAGAAACAGGCACGUCUGCCAGUGUUUAGAAAAAGUAACAUUCAUGUAUGUAUUUACUGAUUAUCCUGGUGAUAUGACAGAAACUGUAAAUUCCAUGUUAUGCAUCGCUUGUUUAAGGGUGCCUUUUACUCUCAGAUUGCCAUUAUUUUUUGGUUAAGGAACAACUGCCAUGUUAUAACUAUAGACAGGUCUCUGUACUACUGAAGAAUGUUUAAGGUUUUUAUCCCGUUAAAGCAGUAUAUGUGCAGGUUUCGUGGACUUAAAUGCUGGUUUGUGGUCACACAAUGAAACGUGCUGUUAGGCUGAUGGAUGUUUAGAGGGUGACAGGAUGUGAAGGGCUCAGUUUACAGGAGAAGAGAUGUCACUGAGACAGGCUCAGUCAGCGAUAAAACCCUCAUCAGUGAUGAGUUUUAGUCAAAGUUAAAAUACUUGAAAUUUGAGAUGAAUUUUUUUAAGAUAUCAUUAGUUCAGAAAUUAUGACAUACUGUUUAAUAACAGCCAUGAACUGUAACACUCCAUUAAUUCCUGUUUUAAAUUGUACUGAGAUGUUUGAUGUUGAAGGUUUAAAAGCAAGUGAAAAGUGGCGUUGCUUAAAAAGGAGUUCCAGUAUUUGGGUGUCUUUUACAUUGUUUGGGCCGUGACACCAGCAGUUACAAGACAGGCUGCGAUGGCUUCAGUCGGUACACUUACAUGCAGUUAGAAAAGGCUGAAUUAGCACACACACCAGACAAUCCGUACCCUGCCUUCAAGCAGUGGGAUUGUCUGCAUGGCACACUUUCUUGACCCUCACAGAUGGGAGAGGUAGACUUAGUAAAGUCGCUUCCAUCAGGAGGACAGAGCAGACUGUCUCACUUAGAUAAUGCAUUUAGAGAUUGAUGUUCUUUGGUCUGUAAACAUCUCAAUUGGACCCAAACUGGACUAAGUUUUCUCUGCUCUAAAUAAAACUAGCCAGCUGCUUGCUAACUUGUCAGCAUGGUCGGCUGGAAAAAGUCCAGUAAGUAGUAACUGGCUGAAUGAGGUAUUCCAUCACCUGUGUAUCAGAGUUGGACUUUUGUCUGUGCCUAUAUUGAUUCUCUCCUGAUGCGUCUAUACUAGGACGAAGACAACAUUCCAGUAAAAUACCCUAAUCAGGAUAUUAUCGUACUUCGACUGCAUGUAAGUGUACUGACUCUUAUCUUUCUGGGUAAAAUGACUGUAACAGAAAAGAUCCCAACAGAAAAAGACAUUCUAAACUAGGGGUUUACCUUAACUGAGAAGUUUUUCUGUGUAGUUGCACUUUUAUCCACCAGUUUGUCCUGUUAAGGUUUUGACCACCCAUCUUGCAGCUGGUGACUGAGGUUAUCCUUUUUUUUCCAAAUCGUUGGUAACUGUCAGUCGUUUAGACCCCAAUAAUGUAAACUAGACCCUGAAUUUAAUCAUGGAAGCACCUUUUAAGGAAACAAGUGUUUGAGGCAGUCGAGUAGCAUGAGUAUCAUCUGUAUGUAACCUGUUCAUAGCUCGUCAUGUGUUCAUCCGGGUGCCAACUUUUCAAAGCUUGAAUUGACUCAAGGUGCAACGUUGUCAGUAAUCUAACUUUUCUUUGAAUAAAUAGGCAAAGUGAGUAUUUAUGUGUCUCUGUGCGGGGAUUUUUCACAGAUGGCUUUUCCAUGUUUUUAAUAUUCUUUAUAGCAUCAACUGAAUCCAGGAAAAAAGAAAAACAUGUUUAUUAUUGUCAGUGAAUGAUUUCAUGUAUAUUCCUUUUGCACUUAAUAAAUGUUGGAAAUGGA